GCUUUCAGCUUGGGCCAUAGUGUUGGAAGCAAACUGUAGCUGGAACAUGCUUGAGCUGAAAGAAGCAGCAUCCAUCACCUAAGUAUCGUCUAUGUGGCUCUGACUUUUCUGUUGCAUACCGUUUUAGCCCUUCAAAGAUCUUGGUAAGAUCAGAGUGCUGUCAAAAUGAGUGAAUCUCUUUCAAGCAGUUACUCCGUGAAUCAGCCAAACUCCUCUGAGAGUGAGCAGAGUUUAUCUACACGCCAUUUCAACGUUACUGAACCUGUAGUGGCCAAAAGGAUCUGUUUUUAUAAAAGUGGAGAUCCUCAGUUUAAUGGAAUCAAAAUGGUCAUUAACAACCGGUCUUACAAAACGUUUGAUGCCUUGCUGGAUAGCUUAUCUAAACGGGUCCCGUUACCUUUUGGAGUAAGGAAUAUCAGUACGCCAAAAGGGAGACACAGCAUCACCUGUCUGGACGAUCUUGAAGAUGGAAAAUCUUACAUUUGCUCCCAUCAGAGGAAAAUGAAGCCUAUCAACCUAGAACGGGCUAGCAGAAAGCCACUGCCCUGGCAGAUCAGUAGGCCCAUCAGUGCUCGUCGUCGAGCUGUGCAAUUAGCAAAGGAGAAUGAAGAUGGAUUUGGCCAUCGAGAAAGCAAAAUAACAACUCCCAAAAAGAUGCUUGUUUUCAAAAACGGGGAUGUAAGACUCCGACGCACCAUAGUUCUGGGAAAGAAAAAUACACAAACCUUUGAGGCCUUUCUGGAUUACAUGAGUGAAUUAAUGCAGUAUCCAGUUGCAAAACUGUAUACCACUGAUGGCAGAAAGGUUCCCAAUCUUCAGGCCCUGAUAUUGUGCUCUGGAGCUAUAGUUGCAGCAGGGAGAGAGCCUUUUAAACCAAGCAAUUAUGAAUCUCUUGGGUAUUCACGGCCUGCUAAAUUGCUUGGAAUUGCAAAUCGUGUGUACCCCAAAGCAAAUGCCAAGUCAGAAAGUGAAAACACUAGGAAAUGGAAGGUGUCAGUCCUCACCAGCGAUAUGCCAUCUGCAGGAACAAGCUCAAAGGUUUAUAUCAUAUUAUAUGGGGAUCACGGCAGUUCGGGGCCUAUUUUUCUUGAUGGAGAGAAGGGGAAAUUAUUUCAGAGAGGCAGCAAAGACGUCUUCACGGUUCAUACAGGAAACAUAGGACGUCUCCACAAAAUACGCAUUGGACAUACUAAUGCAGGAAGUUGCCCUGCCUGGCAUUGUGAAGAGGUGCAGUUGCUGAAUCUUUUCUCAGGGGAGCAGUUUUCUUUCCCUGCAAAUCGAUGGCUGGCCUGGGACCAGGCUAAGGGGGAAAUAUCCAUGGAGCUUCCUGUUUUACAUCAGGGUCAGCCUGUUCUUCCAGUGACUGUCUAUGAAGUGCAUGUGACAACAGGAGAUCUGUGGAAUGCUGGAACUGAAGCUGAUGUGUAUAUUUCUAUCUAUGGAGAAAAAGGUGACACAGGAUCAAGACAGCUGCUCAGGUCACAGAAACCCAAGAAAUUUGUGAAAGGACAAACUGACAUCUUUCUUGUGGAAGCUGUACACCUUGGCCAUUUGUACAAGAUUGUUAUAGGACACAAUGGUCUUGGAUCAGGAAAUGGAUGGUAUCUGGACAAAGUUGUAAUCAAGGAUCCUGUAACAGAUCUGGAUUAUACUUUUCUUUGCCACAGAUGGCUGGACAAUGGGCAGGAUGAUGGCAACAUUGCGAGAGGACUGACUGUGACAGAUCCCAGCACAUUUCCAGGAAGGGAGGAACUAGAGCUCAAGAGAGAAGAAACUUGGGCUGCUGAAAAGUGGAAAUUUCAGAAAGGCAAUACACUUCAGUUUUACAACAGGCUUACCCGUGGUUUCUUAUGCCUCUAUCCAGACAGCAGUGUUGAUGCCCUUGGUGACAAGAAAAAUAAAUAUGGGCUUUUCAAUGUAAUUGUCAAAAAGGGAAAUAUUUUCAUAUUCAGAAGUCAUCAGAUACCACAUCUUGCUCUCGCUCUUGUCAAUGGCUAUGCAACUGGAAAGAGCAAAGACAAGUCUUGCUGUGAGCUCUGCGUUCACCUUCAACCAAAUAGUUGUGCCGUUCUUGAGUCAGCGAGGAACCCAGGUCACACAGUAAUGUUCAAUCUUCAAGGAAAAGUUGCUGAUGAAGAAGCAGGAUAUGCUGGAAUUUCCAAAGAAUUUGUUGUGCAUGUCAAGGGUAUAUUUCACCAUGAUGCCAUCAUUCUGCUCAACACAAAUCACUGCCAGGCUCUGACUCUCAGAUCUGAUGGGGGCUGCAGUGGAGCAGGUCAGCAGCAGCAGGAAUCCUACUGGAGGGUGCAUAAAAUUGGCUCUGGAGUCUGCAUGUUUGAGAGUGUGAAAAACCCAGGGAUGUAUCUGAAGAUCAAAGAUGGCCAGUGUAAUGGAACAGGCACGGGUGAUGAAUACUGUCAUUUCAAAAUUGAGAAGAAUUGGGAAGCUGGAUCUGUAAGUCUGGAAUCAGUGCGGAGUAAAGGGAUGUAUGUUGGUUUCCUGCCAGAUGGUCAGACCAAGCCAGUCAUUAACAUUGGAGAGAGCAACAUUUUUUUCUACCCACAGGUCAUCAAAUUUGGCUGGGAAAAGCCCACGGGAACUCCUGCAGAAACCAAUCAAGAGAAGAAAGACUUCAGAAAAUCUGAACACCCACCAGCAAAAGCCCAGCGGCAAACAUCGCAAAGACCUUUGGUUUUUCCACCAUCAGAGGAAAUGAGAAAUCCCCAAGGUGGUGAGUGUCCCCUUCCUUCAUCUGAUGAAUGGAAAGUGUCAGUGCUGACAGGAAGUGCAGGAGCUCAAGCAAAUGUCACUCUCUGGAUAUAUGGAGAUGGAGGAGCAGCCGGACCAAUAACUCUUGGCAAGGAGAACAGAAAGCAGCUGCUCCUUCCUAGGCAAGAGGAUGAAUUUCAGAUUAAAUUAAAAAGCAUUGGGAAUAUCUACAAGAUAAGAAUUGAACUUGGUGAAUUACUGAAUAAGCAGUCAGAGUGGAACUUACAAAAGGUGACGCUGCAACACCUGAUGAGCAAGAAAACUCUGAAUUUUCCAGCAAACACCUGGUUGUCAAAGAGUGAUGAUAGAGAUUUUGUCUGUGAACUUCCAUUAGUGGAAGCUGGAAAACCUAUUUAUCCAAUUAUUUUAUAUCAUGUUUAUGUCUACACGGGUGACUUGGAGCAAGCUGACACAGAUUCUGCAGUUUAUCUAUGUAUCUAUGGAAAAAGAGGAGACUCUGGUCUAAGACUUCUGCAGAAAUCUGGUAUCCCAGUGAAAUUUUUGAAAGGAAAGGUCAAUGCUUUUGAAGUGAAAGCUGUAUCUCUUGGAAAGCUGCAGAAGGUGCUGUUGCGCUGCGAGGCUAAUUCAAAGUCUCAGUAUUGGUACUGUGAUAAAGUAAUUGUCAGAGAAGAUGAGAACAACUCAGAAUAUGUUUUCAAUUGUGAAAGGUGGCUUCCAUUUAUGUCCAAAGGUGUAAUUCAUUCAGAAAUUGAGCUGUACCCUCAAGAAUUUCAAACAACUCAACCGCUGAAAAGGCAAGAAGAAGCUAAUGAAGGAGACUGGAAGAUUACUGUAGUCACUGGGGAUUUUGAAGCAGCUGGCACAACAGCAACGGUAUCCCUUCAUGCUUAUGGAGAAAACAAAGCUUCUGGCCCUAUUAUUUUGGGAUCUGGGAAACACCAGCUGUUUAAUCCCAACAGUGAAGAUAUAUUUAAGAUUAAUCUCAGGGAUCUUGGGCAGCUAUAUAAAAUCCGCAUUGGCCAUGACAACACUGGUAAUGAUCCCAGCUGGUACCUGGAGGAAGUCAGACUUGAAAGACUGUCACCUCUUUCUCAAGAAAUUUGUCUGUCCAUAGAGUGCUGGCUUGCAGAAGACAAGGGAGAAGGUGAUACAUGGAGAGAAGUGGCAAUAAGAAACCCUACAAAGGAAAUUUUGCCAUUGCUUGUGUAUGAGAUCCACGUACACACAGGUGCUAAACUUGGUGCUGGAACAGAUUUUAAUGUUUAUAUCAAUCUUAUUGGGACAAGAGGAGAUGCUGGCAAAAGGAAGCUCCAUAGAUCUAAGAACAAUAAUGUAAAGUUUCAACAUGGACAGAUGGAUAUUUUCUUCAUAAAGGCUGUCUCACUUGGAGACUUGGAGAAAGUUCUGAUUAGCCAUGAUGGAACUGGUCCAGGUAAUGGAUGGUUCUUGAAUAAGAUCGUCAUUAACUAUAAAGAAGGAAACGAGGGGAAAGAGGUUGUAUUUCCUUGUAACAGGUGGUUAGGUGAAUAUCAAGAUGAUGGGAAAACUGAGAGGGAGCUAACUGCUGAAAAAGCUGGCAAUGCAGAGAAAGCAUUCCUUAAAGCGCAACAGUGGAGAGUGCAGGUGAAAACAGGUGAAGAUUCCCCAGAUCCACAGGAUUGCAAAAGGAUCCUUGUGAUUUAUGGCUCAAAGGGCAAAAGCGAUGAGCUACUGCUUUCACCACAAGACCCAGGACAUGUAUGUUUUCUACCGAGAGCAACAGAUGAAUUCAUUGUUGAGACUGGAGAUGUGGGAGAUGUAUAUAAGAUUCGGGUCAGCUGUGAUGAUGUGCCAGGCUUUGAGGGUUGGCACUUGAAGUCUUUCCACUUAGAAGAGCUACAUACAAAACAAGAGUUGAACUUUGACUGCAACUGCUGGCUGUCUCUUAGCAGAGAAGACAAGGAGCUGGUGAAAGAAUUCCCUGUAGUCAACGAGGACCAGAAAAGUUUACCAGUCCAUAAAUAUGUUGUCUCUGUACAUACUGGUGACCGCUGGGGAGCAGAAACCUUUGCAAACGUUUAUAUCAUUCUUUAUGGCAAAAGAGGUGACACAGGUGUAAGGAAUCUUCAUACACCUUUAACAACAGAAAGGAAAUUCCAAAGGAAUAAGGUGGAUUCAUUUUUGGUGGAAGCUGUUUCUCUGAGUCAUUUGCAAAAAGUGAUCAUAGGACAUGAUGGGCAGGGAUAUGGGGCUGGGAUGUACCUCAAGAUGGUAACAGUCAGGGAAUCACAAGACUCAGACAAAGAGUGGGUCUUUCCAUGCUGGAACUGGCUUGAUACUCAUCUGGGAUUGUGUGAGACUAUUUGUGAGAUAUUUACUGUUGGUAGAAGAUUGAUUUCCCGUCCUAAACUGCCUAAAGUCAUCAUGCAGUCAUCUGGUCUCUGGAUAAUGGACAUCACUGGAUCUGACUGGAGCAAUGAAGAGGAUCCAUUACACCUUUCUUUCAUCUUCUUCGGCAACCAGAAUCAUAAGAAGUUGCUGCUUCAAGUUACAGGAAAAGCAAUUCAAAUCAAAGAUGAACUGGCAGAUAUUGGCUCACUAUACAAAGUUCAGGUAACAGGCCCACAUAGUGAGCUAAAACAGCCGUGGCACUUAGAUUUACUGCAUAUGAAGCACACAGGCACAAAGGAAGAGAUGUAUUUAGCUUUUGACUGCUUGUUCAACCCUAAUGAAGACAAAUGUGUGGAACUGCCAGCUCUCUAUGCAGAUCAGGAGCCUUUGCCUGUUGUGGAAUAUUCAAUCAAUUUGUAUACGGGAGACUUGAAGAAAGCAGAUGCCACUGGUGAGGCUUAUCUGUGUAUUCAAGGAGAAAGGACUAACUCAGGGAAACGAUGGCUUAACUCAAGAAACAGCCUGAUUACUUUUGCUAGAGGGCAGGUGGAUGUUUUCAAAAUCAAAGCAGUAUACCUUGGCAAGUUGAAACAAGUUCUUGUUGGAUUUAAGAGUCCAAAAAAAGAUGAGUGGUUCUUGGAAAAAAUUGUUAUAAAAGAAGUCAGCUACCCUUUUUCUUCACAUGUCUUUGUUCAUAAUGACUGGAUCAAUAAACGCCCUAAGAAAGAUUUUGUGGAAGUGGUAAUUCCUCUUAAAGAAAUGUCUGUGACAUCUCUUCUUACAAAACAAAUUGGGACUAAAAGCAGAGGACAAUGGCAAAUGUGGGUACACUGUGUGCAAGUACCAGAAGAUAUGCCAGAUAUUCAAGUUGUUGUAUUUGGAACAGAAGGGAAAUCUCCUGCGCAGAAAGUUCAGAAUCUGAAUGAUAAUCCAUUUCUGUUGACUGUUGGAGAUGUUGGAGAUAUAACAAAACUCUCAUUUUUGUUAUACCAUCCAUGUUUGGAAAGAGGAAUUAAGCUUCACAAGCUUAGGCUGAAAGAUCUGGACACUAAGCAGGAGUUGAGCUUUUCCACUGAAGACCAAUGUCUGUUUGGAGAAGAUGGAUCUGAGACCGUGACAGAGCUAGCAGCAGUCAGACCAGACAAGGCACCACUCAGAGAAGUUCUUUACUCAGUCAGUGUUCAUACAGGAACAUUGCCUGCAUCAGGAACUGACGCAGAGAUAUUUAUAACUAUAUUUGGAGAGCAGGGAGAUUCCUGCAAAAGGAGACUAAGACACUCAUGUUUUGAAAAAGGGCAGGUCAGUAUCUCUGAGGUGAGAGCAGUAGACCUUGGACAAUUAAGCAAAGUGCUUGUUGAGCACAGUAAUGUCGGUUAUGGAGCUGGAUGGUACUUGGACCAAAUUGUCAUCCAUGAAUCAGGCAAGACUGAUAGCCAAUAUAUAUUUCUUUGCCAGCAAUGGUUAGACAGUGGAGUUGGUGAUGCACAGAUGGAACGAAUGUUGAGACUACUCGGAAAAGUCAGGAAUGAAAUGCUGACAGAAAAGAUUCAUGGGACUUGGGAUGUCUUUGUCACAACUAGUGAUAUUUCUUCUAGCUCCACAAAUCCUAAAAUGUCUCUAACUGUUUGUGGUGGAAAAGGUAUCUGUACUUCAAUCACACUCCCAAAAGGAUCCCUUAAAAAAAAACAAGUUUAUGAGACUUCAAUUGAAUUAAAUAAGAAAUUCACUACUAUAUUUAAAGUUCGCCUAGAAAUUGAAGAAGCUGGAGAAGGAGAGUCUUGGCAUUGCCAUGAGGUAAAGCUUCAACAUAGAGUAAGUAAAAAUCUUUUGGAAUUUCCAUUUUGCCGCAACUUUGCAGAUGACAAAGGGGAAAGAGUGGCUGAGCUUCCAGUUCUCACAGUCAAUUCUCCUUUUCCAACAGUGAAAAGCUAUGUUCUCUAUAUCACCACGGGAACAUCCCCUGGGUCAGGAACUGAUGCAGAUGUGUAUGUCACAUUGCAAGGCAUUCUGGGAGAUACUGGUAAACGAAAAUUAAUCAGAAAAGUAGAUGAUAACUUCACUGAAGGAAAGGUAGAUGUUUUUCAAUUGGAGGCAGUAGAUAUCGGGACUCUGCAAGAUAUUGUGGUUGAGAAAGGGAAAGGUUCUGACUGGCUUCUGGAGAAGAUUAUUGUGAAAGAGUUAGCAACUGCUGGGACGGAAACAUUGUUUAUGGCUCAAACAUGGCUAAAAGACAGACAUGAUGGGAAGAGAUCUGCCUCAGUAACUCUGAAUGCCACAGAAAUUCAAGAGCGGAAGAGCACUUCUGCCUAUCCUCUAGGAAAAGAGCAAAUGAAUUCAGAAGGCAGAUGGAGGAUUUAUUUCACAAAGCAUCAAGAUGAAACAAAAAAAGACUUUGAAGAGUUGUCAGAAAAUAUAUCCAAGUUGGUUAUGGUUUUUUAUGGAAGCAAUGGCAAGUCAAAUCCGGUUUCCAUGGAAAACAAAGUGGAACAUCAAGCUAAGAACCAAAUAACAUAUGAUAUAUAUUUACCAUCUGAUUUGGGUAUGGUUUAUAAAGUCAGACUUGGACUCCAGAGUUUGGAAAGUGGCAUAUCACAGUUGUCUCUUCAUCACUUUAAAAUGCAGAACACAUCAACCCUGGAUACCUUUAUUCUCACUAUAAAUAAAACACUUCCUCUUUCUCUUAAUGGAGACAGAUGGAUUGAAUUCCCUGUAGAGUGGCCAUUAAAAGAAGCACUUUCUGUGGUUACGUACCAUCUAACAGUAUUUUCUAGAAACAUUUUGACUCACAGAAGUGUAGUUCAUAUGACUGCAUGUAUAUAUGGUACUCAUGGUGACACAGGGGACAGAGCCCUUCUCCGGUCAUUGCAGAAUGUCCAGCAGGAAGAUGACAGUGAGUCAUUUCUUAUUAUCAUGGAUGCUGUUGAACUGGGAGAAGUGGACAAAGUUGCUCUCAUAAUCAGCAGUAAGAAAGACUGCAAACUGGACAUUAAAAAAUUGCAUUUGAAAGAAUCUGUAAGGGAUCAUCCUAUCUAUGUGUUUGAAGUGAAUGAAACAUUUUCUGUGGAUCCAAAUAAGCCAGAAAUACAGAGAGAAAUCCCAGUAUCUUUUGUUAUUGGAGGAGACAAACAAAAGAAUUGCAUAAAUAACUUAAAUAAAGGAGGAAGUCAAGCAGGAGAUCAGGCAGAGUAUACUAUCAAAGUAUACACAGGUGACAAAAUGGGGGCAGGUACUGAUGCCAGUGUGCAUAUUAUUUUAUUUGGAAAUGAAGACAAAUCUGAAGUAUUUUACCUCUCUCGGUCACUGGAGCAUCAAGAUCCAUUUGAAAAAGGGAUGGUUGAUACAUUCAAGAUUAAGACUAAAAAAUUAGGAAGCCUACAUUCAAUUGAAAUUGGUCAUGAUGGAAAAGGAUUUGCAAGUGGCUGGUUUCUGGAAAAAGUAGAAAUCAUGGAUGCAUCCAGGAAUUCAGUGUAUUGCUUCAACUGUAACAGGUGGCUUGCUGGGGAUGGAAGCGAUGGUAGCACCGUAGUGCGACUUUAUCCAUAGCUGCUCAUUUUCUGAUUUUUCCAUAGUGUGCUGCUUUUCCAAAUUCCUGCUUGUUUGAUUUGCUUGUAUGUUAUAAUUCUGAAGGUAUUGUAAUUACUGUGAAGGAAUGUCAAAACAAUGCAUUAAAAGCAUCACAGUAAAUUAAACAUG